UUGUGACGUCACGUUUGGGUAACAAUGGGGAUUUCCCCAAAUUUCCGCCAAUCAUCUAGGCUAGGUGUAAUUGUUCCCGGCAGGAAGCAAAUCAACUUGUCUUGUAUUGACGCUAUUCAGAAAUACGGGCUGUUAUAAUUAUUGUGGUUGCAAUGAAUCCAUUUGAAAUCAUUACAGCAGUAUUAUCUCUUUCUGAAAGAUGCUAUGAUAUUGCUCAGGAAGUAAAAUCAUUCAAAAAAUCCUCCAACUUGUUGGCAGAGAGAGUAAAAUUAUUAAAUGAACCGAUUCAAUUGGCCAAAAAAAACCUUUCAUCUAGUAACCAUGACUAUGAAAGGUUCUUAGAUGCAUUGAAAAAACUAAAAAAAUGCAUAGAAGAUAUUAAUGCAUUCCUUCAAAAGGUAGCAGAAAUGAAAAAUUGGAAAAAGUUUCUUCAGAAAUGCGAUAUUACUGGAAAUUUUCAAGAUUUUAAUGUCAUGCUUGAUGGGUUGGUACCAGGACUGAUACUGAUUAUGGAGAGUGAGAAAAGAGAGGAGUUUGUGAGAAAAAUGAACAAACUUCAAGACACUCAGGAAACAAUUUUAAAUGAUGUGAAACAGAUUGCACUUGACAUGUCAGAAGUAAGAGAAACUGUGGUCAGAGGAAAUGAAGAGAUCAAGAGUACUCUGGAUAAAAUCCUGCAAUCACUUCCGAGUAAAAGCAUUGUACCACUGGAUUUAAAAGAAAUAAAUGUUCGUGAUUUGCAAGGCAUGGAAUACCAGCCUAAUGUUCAGGAUGGCACAUUUGGGGAACUGUACUUCGCACACUAUAGAUCAUUUGGCGUGAAGGUAGCAGUUAAAAAAUUAUAUGAAAGCCAAGAUAUUAAAACAAAUUUGAAAAGGGAAGCCCUUAUACUUAAAACGUUGGAGUCACCGUUCAUUGUCAAGCUUUGGGGCAUUUGCACAGAAGGAAAUGAUAAUAUGAUUGUAUUUGAAUACAUGGAGAAUGGGCACUUGAGAAAGUUUCUUGACAAAAAUAGCCAACUCACUGACACACAGAGACUUCGCAUGGCAUUAGAUUCUGCAUUGGGCCUGUAUGUCAUCCACAAUCAACUCUGGCUACAUCGUAAUCUGACAUCAAUGAAAUAUCUUGUUGACAAUAAGUUAACAGUUAAGCUAAGUGAUGUUGGUCUCUCGAAGACAUGGGAGUCAGCUCGAAAGCAUAGUAGUGUACCAACUCAAGCAAAAAGAUAUCAUGCCCCAGAGCUUUUGAAAAGUGCUAAACAUGUAUAUGAUUUUCAAUGUGAAAUAUACUGUUUUGGAAUUGUCUUAUGGGAGAUAUUUACAGGAAAUGAGCCAUACGAAGGAAUGAGUCAAAUGGAAGUUAUGGAUUAUGCAAAAAAUGAAAAACAGCUACCCAUUCCUGAUAAUUUUGGAUCACGAGGUGAAUUGAUUUUGAAGUGUAUGAGAGGUGAUCGGAUUCUAAGGCCAAACAUAAAUGCGAUUGUUGAUGCAUUGAAAGCAAUAAAGCUUGAAGAUUGUGAACAGAAAAAUUAAUAAGGAGAAUAAACAUUUAAUGGUUAUAAGGCUUCCAAGGAACAAAAUAAAAUAACAAAAUAAGAAGCACAGCUUAAAAAAUUAAAGGAAACUUAGCAGAUAUUUAUUAAGACAGGCACUCACUU